CGGGAGCCGCCUCUUCCUUUAGUCGCGGUGUCCGCGCUCGCGGGGCCACUCUCCGCCGCCGCCACCCGUGCCCCUCGCUCCUCCGCUCCGCGCCGCCACCGACGACAUGCUGCGCUGCGGCCUGGCCUGCGAGCGCUGCAGGUGGAUCCUGCCCCUACUGCUGCUCAGCGCCAUCGCCUUCGACAUCAUCGCGCUGUCCGGCCGCGGCUGGCUGCAGUCGAGCACCCACUUGCAGACGUCCUCGCUCUGGUGGCGAUGCUUCGACGAGGGCGGCGGCAGCGGCUCCUACGAUGAUGGCUGCCAGAGCCUCAUGGAAUAUGCGUGGGGACGAGCGGCUGCCGCCACACUCUUCUGCGGCUUCAUCAUCCUUGUCAUCUGUUUCAUCCUCUCCUUCUUCGCCCUGUGCGGACCCCAGAUGCUCAUUUUCCUGAGAGUUAUCGGAGGCCUCCUAGCCCUGGCUGCUGUGUUUCAGAUCAUCUCCCUGGUCAUCUACCCAGUGAAGUACACACAAACCUUUUCCCUCCAUGAAAACCCGGCUGUCAAUUACAUCUAUAACUGGGCCUAUGGCUUCGGAUGGGCGGCCACCAUCAUCUUGAUUGGCUGUUCCUUCUUCUUCUGCUGCCUCCCCAACUAUGAAGAUGAUCUUCUGGGCAGUGCCAAGCCCAGGUACUUCUACUCAUCUGCCUAAAGUUGGAGCGAGACCCCAAGAGUAGCCUUGCUGCAAGAUGGGUCCUGAGGAGGAAACUGCUCUCCAAGUCACAAGGAACCUAUAUUCGGGCAGUGUUCAUAGGAUCAGAAAUGCUGGAAUAAAUGCUAAAGAAAAUGCUUCGUAAAUAGUGUUAAGUUUUAUGUCCUGUGUAUGUAAAAAAGACUUGCUUCUGUUUGCUAAUUAUACAAUAAUUUCUCCUUAUAUCAAAUCUUUAUCAUUUAAACUGCAUUUGUUAAAGAGUGUGUGUGUAUGUGUGUGAAACUUAAGGUGGAAAAGAGAUGGCUUCUGAGACCUAAUUAUCUGACCAAGCUUUUGUUUUCCAUGGUAUGACGGAUUGUUUCUACUAAGGGCUAAGGAGAAGAGGAGCUACUGAUAAAAAAAAAUUUCAGUGGCCAAAUAGUCUAAAAAUGAAUGCAAAGAACAAAACAGACUUUUUUGAGGUUUUAGAUACAUAGAGAGCACAAUGCCUUCCUGAAUGACAUCACUUGUGAGAAUUGCUAGUCAGUGCUUUGAACAAUUUCUGUCUCGCUAAGCUUUGCGUUGACUUGCUGUGACAUGUGGGAAAGUGUUCUAAUAUGGCCAAAGCAAGUUACAACAGUCAGGCCACUGUCACUACUGAAAAUGCUGUAAUGAAAUUCCCUCCUUUAACGGAAUGUAGAGGGGUAGGGUAUGGGAAAAAGUCAUAUUAUAUCUGUACAGUUUUGUGUCUCAAUGUUCAGAACCAGCAUGGAUGGGAUAGGAGGGUGGACUAGGCCUAGUUCAUCCUGAUUGGUGAAUGUGAUGAGGUCAGGUAGGAAGGCAUAGGAGAGUCACCACUGUCACAUCAGUGCCCAUCAAACAUCCCAAGGAGAAGAAAUGUCAGGUCGCCAUCUCAGUCCUAACUGGUUUCUACUGACAGACAGCUAGAAUAGAUUUUAACUGUAACAGAAACCUAAGUAUAAUUAAAAACCUGGUCUUCCUUGGUAAACAGACUUAAAAUGUCUGAUAUAAUACAUCCAACUGGAGAAUUCAGGAAUUAGUUCCUCUGCAUAGAUAUUGUAUGGGCUAUUGUUAUUUUUACCAUUUGUACUUACCUAAUGGAAACUAGCUUCUUUUAUACAGCAGAUCACUAUUUUGUAAGUUGUGGCAAAGGCAAUUGAGGUCUUCAUUUCCAGCUUCCCCCAAUAAACCAGGUGUUCAAA